AUUCACCCUCUCUUUCUGGCUAUCUCCACCUUCACUCCAUCUUCACUUCUUCAUCUCUUCUGUAGACCUUUAAAUUUGCAUCUGUAUACCCUCAAGACUUUCUCUCUACAAGACCGGGCAAAAACAGCAAACAUAUCCUCCUCCAUAAAAAGUCUUGUGUCGCUUUUUUAGAGAAACCGCCAGUCAAGCCUUCAGCUGUUCGCAGUGCCGGCGUGGGAGAAAGAAACCAUGUCUCAGCAGAUGUUGCACUUGACGGUGGUGUCCAUGUGGCUUUUUGCAGGGUACUUCCUGACAGAGGCGACGUAUAAUAACCACCAUAUGUACAACCGCUACCGUGCAUUCAAUCACCAUGCCAAACAGCAUGCCAGCAUGGACAAUCAACUUCCUCCAGAGGUACCCGUGGUGACAGAGGUAGUGGCCCCUCGCCCAGUCAACUUCAGUCGCACCUUUUAUGGGAUCAUGUUUGAUGCAGGCAGCACUGGCACUCGCAUCCACAUCUACAGGUUCAUUCAAAAAGAUCCAGUUGAGCUGCCAGUGCUCGACAAUGAGAUGUACCAUGCUGUGAAGCCUGGACUGUCAGCAUAUGCGGAUGUGCCUGAAGUGGGUGGAGAAACCAUUAGGCAGCUGCUGAAGGUGGCAAAGAAGACAAUUCCUAAAGAGGAAUGGAUCCAGACACCUGUGGUUCUGAAAGCCACUGCUGGCUUACGCCUGCUACCUCAAGAAAAAGCCAAAGCCCUGCUGAAUGAGGUAAAAGACAUUUUUGAUGACUCUCCUUUCUUUGUGCCAAACAACAGUGUCACAAUCAUGAAUGGAACCAAUGAGGGGGUCUUGGCAUGGGUCACAGUAAACUUCCUGACAGGUCAUUUGUAUGCUAAAACAAGGAGAACUGUUGGGAUCUUGGAUUUGGGUGGAGGUUCAACUCAGAUUACUUUCCUCCCAAAAUUUAAGAAAACUGUGAUGACCGCUCCUCCAGACUACAUUGCCAAAAUCAACAUGUUUAACAGCACCUACGAACUGUACACCCACAGUUACCUUGGAAAUGGACUUAUUGCAGCCCGACUGGCAACUCUUGGUGCUCUUGGUGCUGAUGGUCUUGAUUGGAAAGUUUUUAGAAGUUCUUGCUUACCCAAAAAAUUCCAAGAAGACUGGACCUUUGGUGGACUCACCUACAAAGUCAGUGGAAUCCCAGAUGGUUUUGCAGGGUACAAGCUGUGCUACCAUGAGGUGAUGCGGGUGGUGAAAGGGAUUGUGCACCAACCCUUUGAGGUGAAGGGUAGCAGCAUCUUCUAUGCCUUCUCCUAUUACUUUGACAGAGCUGUGGAGUCUGGCCUUAUUGAUGGAUCCCGUGGUGGUACUUUGGAGGUCAGGGAUUUCAAAAGAAAGCCAAAGAAGCAGCCCCUCCUUUCCAACUUGUGCAACAAGAUGACCAAAUACCGUCCAAUCAGCCCAUUCUUGUGCAUGGACAUGACCUAUAUCACCUGCCUACUGAAAGAUGGAUUCGGCUUCAAGGACACCACUGUUCUACAGCUUACUAAAAAGGUGAAUAAUAUGGAGACAAGCUGGGCACUCGGCGCCAUCUUCGAUCACUUCCACAAUCUUAAGAUUCAUUAAGUCUGCAGUCUUGAUGGUACAAGCAAGAAAGGAGUACAGGAGCAAAGCUGGGGGGAAUUUCACCUGAUCAAGCAGCCCCUCUUUUUCCUCCACCCUGAAACUUCAUUGAUUUUCAGACCUGCACUGCACUAUAACCCCGUACCACAUUCUCUAAACCCACCCCCAACAAGCCAAAUACCCAGAGAACUUUUCACAAAGAAAACACUAUAUUUUUGUUAAGAUGGCCAGGCAAGCAAGCUAUUUCUACUGGAUGAAUACAUUUGUUUCUGCUCUCGUAUGCUCAGAGACACUGUCUGUCUACUUUGGAUGUUUCCAAUCUUUAAUGCAACAUUUCUGAGCUCUUCAAACUUGAUUUAAGCAGUUGUACAGGAUAAUGUGCAGUGAGAUCCUUGUAAAACAUUACAAAUCCUCUCUAUUGUCUUUUUCAGUAAUCUGUUAGUGGUCUUGCUUUAGGUUAUGGUACAUUUUAAUGCAAAUUCCCAAAGAUUUUAGUGGCCCUCAAACUAGCACGUAACACUUUAAAUGUAGUUGGAAGAGCUACAGCUAUCUGUAUGAUUUGAAAUGUGGUUUGGGACCACCAGCUCAAAAUGGGGAUAACAGUAAGGAUAUGAGCAAAUUAUGGUGUCACUAAAUUGAUGAGAACGUGAAAGUUUUUGUAUGUCAUAAUGAAUGCAUGUAUUUGCGCAUGUCUGGUUGUACGUUAAGUUUUGCAUAGUUGAGCUGUAGAGUUGGAACAUGUUCAGAUGGACAAGGCUCUUGGUGAAAUGCUACAGGAGCUUUUUCAACCAAGGCCUUUCCAGCCAUGUUUUUUUCCCCUUCACACUGAAUGGCAUGCAGUUAGCAAAUAAAUCAACAGGUAUAUGAACACUUACCUUGUACAGCUUGAUCCUGUCAAUAUUACUAUCAAAAAUAACUUGAAGGACUGCUGGUUGAAGGUUAAAAAUAUAAGACGCUGUCACUGUAUUUUAUGCAAAAUGUACAUGGAAACAUAAUUUAGAGUACCAUGGACCUCAUUUAUGUCUUAAAACUUUGGUUUGGUUAUUGUGGAUGUUUUAAAAUAGUUUUUAGGAGUCAUUAUGUGGAACCGAGGUCGAGCAUUACUGUUUUGUGUAUGCAAAGACGCUCCGGUGUUAAGUUUAGGAAGUACCAGGCCAUUUAGAGAUUUUAAUGCAAUAUUGAAGGGUUACUUGUUACAGGUGCAAACGCCUGUAGAAGAUCUGAUAAUUUUUGUGAAUUAUUGUACAAAUAUUUAUUACAUAAGGAAGCUUACGGAAUAUGAAGUGUUACAUUGUUGUUGCAAUUUUUGUUAAUCCAACAGCUUCUUUAAACAAGCUUCAGUUUACCUUUACAUGUUUAUUUUCUUAGACUGUAUACUGUAUAUCCGUAAAUCAUCAGUAAUCACCUUUGCUAACAGUUUCCACCAUAGACAAGCAUUAGAAAUGUAAAAUGAUUAUGUAUUGCUUUCUUUGUCAUUUUUAGAACUAUUCUUUGCAGCAAAUGCUAUAAAUAUGCUUUUCAUAUUAACGUGUCUGUCACAUGUUGUAUAUUAAGUGAUUAUAUUGUACCUGUGUAUAAAUAAAAAAAC